GAGCGGCGACGAUGGCACUGAAAGGUGACUAUACAGGGAUUCAUGCCCAUGGCAAGGCAGCUGAACAGCUGCAACCGGUUGACGAUGAACAGCAGACGAGAGUUAAGGUCUACCGCCGACGAUGGUUAAUGCUUCUGAUGUACGUUCUGUUCUCCAUGUCCAACAACUGGCAAUGGAUGCAGUACACAAUAGUCGGAAACGUUGUUCGAAAAUAUUACAAUGUGGACAAUUUCGCUGUCGACUGGACGUCUGUCAUAUACAUGCUGGCGUCCGUCCCUUUCAUCUUCCCUGCGUCUCUCUUCAUCAGUAAGAAGGGUCUGUGGUUGUGCCUGGCGGUGGGAUCUGCACUAAACGCGGCGGGCACGUGGCUCAAGGCUGUGGAGGCGGCAGGGGCGGUGGCGCGUUUCUGGCUGCUGUUCGCUGGCCAGACGCUGGGAGCCAUCGCCCAGGCCUUCAUGCUGCCCGUGCCACCCGCGCUCGCCUUCAUCUGGUUCGGCCCCAAGGAGGUCUCCACUGCCUGUUCGCUCGGCGUCUUCGGCUACCAGAUAGGGGUGGCUACAAGCUUGCUGGUGAAUCCUCUGCUGGUGCGGGACCACGAGAACAUUGAGGACAUAGGGCACGAUCUCCGCGUGUCUGCCUACGGCGUGGCCGCAGCAGCAACCGCUAUCCUGCUACUCAUUUUGUUCUUUUUCAGGAGCAGGCCACCAACUCCGCCGAGCAGCGCGGCGCUUGAUCGAGCCAACGCGGCGCCGGACAGGAUGCUGUCCGUCGUGCGUCGCCUGCUACACAUGUGCAACUUCCUCGUCCUGCUUUCGGCCUUCAGCUUAAGCUACGCUGUGCUCAACGCCUUCGCCACGCUCCUUAACCCUGUCAUUCUGACUUAUUACGAGAAUGGUGAAGAGUUCGCUGGCACCGUGGGGCUUGUGCUCAUCAUCGGAGGAACAGUGGGAGCCGUCAUCUGUGGAUUCAUCUUGGACAGAACCCGCAGAUUCAGGGAAACGGUUCUGGUGGUAUACGCUCUGUUCCUGGCAUCGCUGGCCUCUUUCGCGGUGGUCGUGCACCUCGGGAAUCGCGCCUUGGUCUACGCAGUCAUCUCCGUAAUGGGGUUGGCGUCCGGAGGAUUCAUCCCGGUGGCGAUGGAGUUCGCAGCGGAGCUGACGUACCCCGAGCCGGAGAGCGUGUCGGCGGCGUUCCUGACGGCGGCGGGUCAGAGCGCGGGCGUGCCCGUCACGCUGCUGCACGGCUGGCUGCUGGAGGCGGCGGGCCACGGCUGGGCGCACGCCGCCCUCUGCGCGCAGCUCGCCGCCGGGCUGCUGCUCACCGCCUGCGUCCGCCCGGACCUGCGCCGCACGCGCGCCUACCAGCGCCGGCCGCCGCACACGCUCGUUCAAUAA